AUGUUUAGUAGUGGUGGUACUGCUGCUGCCCGAUACUGGGAUAACUUCAAACAUCAGGCGUACAACCUUGUAAGUGAUGAACCACCAGAGGAGGUUGAAGUUCUAGAGAUGCCAAGGGAUAGUGGAUGGGCGAAUGACUUACAUGAAAUGUCUUCACUUUCAUAUAAACAACGUCUUAUGGCAUUUUUUCUUUCACUUGGUAUGGGUUUAUGUUUUGUCGUUGUAGCAAGUUUUUUUGCUUCUACAAUAGCUAUUUUCCCAAAAAAGUUUGCAUUUUUUCUUACAGUGGGAAAUCUUUUUUGUUUGGGAUCUACAGCAUUUCUUGUAGGUUUUCGUCAACAGAUUCGAUCUAUCUUUGACGCAAAACGUCUAGAGGCGGCAAUCCUAUUUGUUGUCUCUGUUUUACUUACACUUGUUGCUACCUUGUACUGGAAAUCAAGUAUUCUAGCUGUUAUUUUUGCGGUUGUACAGGUAUUUUGUACAUUGUGGUAUGCCCUUAGUUAUGUGCCUUUUGCACGUCACACUGUGGGAUUAGUGUGGUCGUAUGCUUGGGCUUUUCUCUCCCCUGUCAUUAGUAUUCUUGGAAAAGGUCUGCAACAGUGUUGUGGUUUUUUGUUUUCCAGCUUGCGGUAG